UCGUUAAAUUGUACGUCACUAAAUCCAUCUUUUUCUUAUGUGCAUUCGCAAAUACAAAUAUAUCAUAUUGUGAAAUACACAGACAAUGGAAGAAUUGUUAAACGAAGUAGUGCCCCAGGAAGAUUUGGAGAGAUUUGAAAGAAAGUAUCACCAUGAGCUGGAACUCGAUGGAGAGGUCUCAACAGAAACAAAGUUUGAAUACGCUUUCUGUUUGGUUCGGAGUCGGUAUACCAAUGACAUUCGAAAGGGUAUUAUGAUUUUGGAGGAUCUGUGUCGCUUACAUCCGGAUGGACGACGUGACUAUAUUUAUUAUCUUGCCUUCGGAAACGCACGAAUUAAAAACUAUACAGAAGGGCUUAAAUACUGUAGAGCUUUUCUUGAUAUCGAAUCCAAUGAUCAAGUUCGGUCAUUAGAGGAAUAUAUUAAAAAGCAGAGCGAUAAGGAGGUUGCGAAGGGCAUUGCUGUUGCUGGAGGAGCUGCGCUUGUGCUUGGUGGAAUCUUAGGCCUAGGAAUUGCGAUGGCUAGAAAUAAACAAAAACGCGAUAAAUAGUGAAAAAUGUGAUAGAGCUCUUUACGGAAUACGAUUCCCUCCCAAAAUGUAUACACCAACAUAGUCAUUGUGAGGACGUGGUUUAAGCACAUAGCACCAAUUAUUAAACUUCAUUCUAUUUCUCUUAAAAGCUCUGUUUAAUAAUAAUUAACAUUUUUAUUGUCAGUAACACUUUUAUCUAAGAAGUCACUGUUAUUAGCAAUUUAUUAUAUAUUAAACUAAAUACGAUCUGUUCAUUACCAAAGAUGUUAGUGAAAUAAAUCA